UGAAUGGAGGGCAUUAACUCUUUUCUCAUGUAGCAUCGUAUGACGGGGGCAAAGACCCAGAUGAUCAUGGAGGACUGGGACUUCCUCCAGCUGCAGUGUGCUCUUUACAUCAACAGCGAGCUUUCUGGCAUCCCCCUCAACAUGGCACCUAAGAAAUGGACCAGAGGCUUUGUGCAGAGACUCAAGGGGAAGCAAGGUCGAUUCAGAGGAAACCUCUCAGGAAAAAGAGUGGACUUCUCUGGCAGAACUGUCAUUUCUCCUGACCCAAACCUGAGGAUUGAUGAGGUUGCCGUCCCUGUGCAUGUGGCCAAAAUCCUGACGUACCCAGAGAGGGUGAACAAAGCCAAUCUGGAGCUAAUGAGGAAACUGGUCCGCAAUGGUCCUGAGGUUCACCCCGGAGCCAACUUCAUCCAGAAUAGACACACACAGAUGAAAAGGUUCUUAAAAUAUGGAAACCGUGAGAAGAUAGCUCAGGAGCUGAGGUUUGGUGAUGUGGUGGAAAGGCACAUGAUUGACGGAGACAUCGUCCUCUUCAAUCGACAACCUUCGCUGCACAAACUCAGUAUCAUGGCCCACAUUGCCAGAGUCAAACCUCACAGGACGUUUCGGUUCAAUGAGUGCGUGUGCACCCCGUACAACGCCGACUUUGACGGUGAUGAAAUGAACCUUCAUCUACCUCAGACUGAAGAGGCCAAGGCUGAGGCCCUCGUCCUGAUGGGGACAAAAGCUAAUCUUGUCACUCCAAGAAAUGGUGAACCGCUGAUUGCUGCUAUUCAGGACUUCCUGACAGGGGCCUACCUCUUGACAUUGAAGGACACCUUCUUUGACAGAUCAAAAGCCUGUCAGAUAGUGGCAUCAAUCCUUGUGGGCAAAGAUGAAAAAGUCAGGAUCUCUCUUCCACGCCCAGCUAUAAUGAAGCCCAUGGCUCUGUGGACGGGCAAACAGAUCUUCAGCAUGAUCCUGAAGCCGAGUAAGGAAUGUCCAGUCAAGGCAAACCUAAGGACCAAGGGCAAACAGUACUGUGGCAAGGGAGAGGAUCUCUGUCACAACGACUCGUUCGUGGUGAUCCACAACAGUGAGCUGAUGUGUGGUAGCAUGGACAAGGGCACCUUGGGAUCUGGCUCCAAGAACAACAUCUUCUACAUCCUGCUGAGAGACUGGGGACAGAUGGAGGCUGCAAACGCCAUGUCCCGCCUGGCUAGACUAGCUCCGGUGUACCUCUCCAAUCGGGGCUUUUCUAUUGGCAUUGGCGAUGUUACACCUGGCCAGGGUCUGCUGCAGGCCAAACACGACCUUUUAGAUGAAGGUUACAAGAAGUGUGACGAAUACAUCGAAGCUCUACAGACGGGCAAGUUGCAGCAGCAACCUGGCUGCACGGCAGAAGAGACCCUGGAGGCUCUCAUCUUGAGAGAGCUGUCCGUCAUCAGAGACCGAGCUGGCAGUGCAUGCCUCAGGGAGCUCGACAAGAGCAACAGCCCCCUGAUCAUGGCUCUUUGCGGCUCCAAAGGAUCCUUCAUUAAUAUCUCUCAGAUGAUUGCCUGUGUGGGCCAGCAGGCCAUAAGUGGCUCUCGAGUGCCUGAUGGUUUUGAAAAUCGUUCCCUGCCUCACUUUGAAAAGCACUCAAAACUGCCCGCUGCUAAAGGCUUUGUGGCCGACAGCUUCUAUUCUGGUCUGACGCCCACAGAGUUCUUCUUCCACACCAUGGCUGGCCGGGAGGGUCUGGUGGACACUGCUGUGAAGACUGCAGAGACUGGAUACAUGCAGAGGCGUCUGGUUAAGUCCCUGGAGGAUUUGUGCUCACAGUACGACCUGACAGUACGCAGCUCUACCGGCGACAUCAUCCAGUUUAUUUAUGGGGGAGAUGGUCUGGACCCCGCUGCCAUGGAGGGAAAGGAUGAACCGCUGGAGUUUAAGAGAGUUUUAGACAACAUUCGGGCGGUCUACACAUGUCCAGAUGAGCCUGCACUCAGUCAAAACGAGCUGGUCCUCACUGCUGAUGCUAUCAUGAAGAGAGCUGACUUCUUGUGCUGCAGAGACAGCUUCUUGGAGGAGAUAAAGAAAUUUAUUAAGAGCAUCUCGGAAAGGAUCAAGAAGACCAGAGACAAAUACGGCAUCAAUGACAAUGGCACCAGCGAGCCAAAAGUUCUCUAUCAGCUGGACCGCAUAACCCCCACCCAGCUGGAGAAGUUCCUUGAAACCUGCAGAGACAAGUACAUGAGAGCUCAGAUGGAGCCAGGCUCAGCAGUGGGGGCCCUGUGUGCACAGAGCAUCGGGGAGCCCGGUACUCAGAUGACCUUGAAAACUUUCCAUUUUGCUGGUGUAGCAUCCAUGAAUAUCACUCUGGGGGUGCCUCGCAUCAAAGAGAUCAUUAAUGCCUCCAAGAACAUCAGCACGCCUAUAAUCACUGCUCAUUUGGAUGUGGAAGACGACGCUGACUUUGCCAGGCUAGUUAAGGGGAGGAUAGAGAAAACUCUUCUAGGAGAGAUUUCUGAGUACAUUGAAGAAGUGUUUCUGCCAGAUGACUGUUUCAUUCUGGUGAAAUUGUCACUGGAGAGAAUAAGGCUGCUGCGACUGGAGCUUUCAGUGUCUGUCAUUGUAGGGCCCAAUGAUUUCAGUGAUGUGGAAAACAGACGGAAUCGCUGA